AUGGUGGACGAGGGCGGGGAUCGGCGGAGCGGUCCGCGCGUUGCGUGCGCGUGGGCGAGUGCGCGUCUCGCAGGGGCACCGGGGAACAUUGCCUGGCGAAAGCUAGUGCCUGCGAGCGGCACAGGGGGCGCGCACGACGCGCUCGCCGCCGCUGCGCACCAGGUACAGCGCCAGGCCGCCGCGGCGCGCGCGCUGUGUUCGAGCCCCAGCGCCCCUGCGCUCGUGCUCGAGCUGAUCCGGUACGCGCCGCUGUACACGCUCGAGAUCACGGAUGCCCAGAGCGGCGCAUUGUGGCUCUUUGAUCGGCCCGAUGGAUCGUCGGCCGUGCUGGACCAUGCGCUCGAAGGACUGCAAGUCGCCGCAUCGGGCACCUUUUCUGUGCAGGAUCGAGGAAAAGGAAGCGCGGAGCGCGCAUUUCUAGAUGCCAUUGGGGCAUCGGCCGCCGAUCUGUACGCGGAUAGCGCGGUGGCCGAGCAGCACAGCGGCGUGCGGUGCAGUCACGGCGUGUUUCUCCAAGACCGCUGCGAGAUCGUCCAGUUCCGCGCGCACACGACGCCAAGUGCUUUGGUGAUUCGCAUGUAUACCCAGCCGCUUCCGUGGACGGCGCUCGCGGCAGACUAUGAGCCGUGCACGAGACAAGAAGGCGCGCGAGUAGGCGAGACAGAGCUGCUGCUGCUCCCUUCGCUCGUGCACGCAACGUUCCUCGGCGCUGCACCUGACGUGCCGCCGACGCGCCUCACUGAAGCGCUCCAGCCGACCCUGAGCCAAGUGCCGGGCGACGAUCACGGCUAUGUCCUGGUACGUGCGCCGAUCCACGCACCACCCCCGCUGAUGCCGGCCGAUGCGCUAGACAUGGGCCUGGACCACGGCGUAGACGCGCUCGCAGUGACCCUGCUGUGGCCUGCGGCGCUCUGCCUACAGCCCAAAAAUCGGCACGAGGCGCCGAGCGCGCCCCUCGUGCCGCUCGGCGAGCAGAGCGUCGCGGCGCUGCUGCAGAGCGCGCGGCGGCCGCCGCCGGAGCCCCAUGCGCCUCCUACGCCGACCGUCGAGCUGGUGCAGGGCCCUGGCGCGCCCCAGGCCGACGGCCUCGAAGAGGAUAUCUUCCAAGGGAUCGGGCAGCUGACCGAGGACGAUUUUCGGUUCUUUGGCGACCCCGUGCUGCCCGGCCCCGACGCGGCACAGAUCGUGCAGGGCCCAGGGGCGCCAUUCUCUCUGGACGUCGAGCAUAGCUCGGCCGCGCCGAGCUCGCUGGACGUCGACGAAAAGAGCGAGUCGCUGCCGAGCCUCGCGCACGACGCCGAGCUGCUUCCGCCGCCGGGCCCCGAGCUGCUCGAGCCUACGCCGUACCUCGCCGUGUCGCCGGAACGCGGGCGGCGUGCCGACAAGUACGACGUGCACGGCAAGUUUUAUACACCGGUGUCGCGCGACCGCCUCAAGCGGCCGCACUCGAGCGAUCAGGACGAGCGGCGCACCGCGAUGCGUGCCUCGCCACGUACGCAGACCGGCACGCCGCAGAGCAUCGCAUGGAGUUCGCCGUCGACGCAGCGCUCGCCGAGCGUCUCGUCCUCGAGCGAGAGCGACGAGCAAGACGACCGUCCUCCGGCGGUCCGUGCAGCGAUGCUGCGCCGCUUGCAUACGAGCACCUGGCGCCCGUACGAAGGCGAGGGCGUGCGCACGUCGAGCCCCGCGUCCGAGCGCGCGGUGCUUGCGUACGCAGCGCUGGGCGGAGCGUGCAAAGCACUGUCCAUGCCGCCGCCCCUUGCUUGGGACGCGCUCAAGACGCCGUGUGAGGCCGUCGCCGUCGCGGCGCCGCGCGCGCUUGUCGGCUGCCAGCGCGCGAUUGUCGAGGUGGACCUCGCGGCGCUCGCGCAGUGGCCGACGCUCGGCCUCGAGCCGGCCGACGGCCCAAAGCGGAUGCAUGUGUGUGCGGUGCUCGUCGGCGACGUCGACGCCGAGGCCGUGCACCAGUGGAUGGUCGGCCUGCAGCGUGCGUACAGCCGCUUGCGUCUCGGCGUGCUUGUGCUGAGCGACCUGUUCUUUUUUCGCAGCGCACAGCUCGAGCACCGGCACAGCGGCCCGGCCGUGCUGCUCGAUGCGUUCCAGACCGCGACGCCGGCCGAUGCGCGUGCCGUGCUGCUCGUCCAUGCGCCCGACACCGCAUCCGAGCGCGCUGCCGAGCACGGCUACGAAAUGUGGCACAGGGCCUAUGCCGUACUCCCUCUGCCCCGCGCGGCCGUGCAGCCCGAGUCGCUGCAGGAUCCGCAGCGCCUUGCUAAGCAAGCGCGCAUCCUGUACGAUGCGGCGCCCCGCGCCAAUGCGAAUGUGCGCCCAGCGGUGGCCUUGUCGCCAGCGCACUACGAUGCGUGCCGCUUCCUGCGUGCACGGUGUGCGUUGCGCCUUGCGCCGGCCGGCCCCCGCGACGUGCUGCAACACGGCGCAGUGCUGCAUGUCGCCUACGACGUUUGCCGCCGCGCAAAUGGGGCGACGGUGCGCAUGUGUGGCAUCGACGACCGCGCACAGCGCACCUUUAUGCACACCUGGGCUGCGUCCGGCGCGCGAACCGAUGUCGCGCGGAUAUGGGAGGUGGUGCGUACCGAGAUGCGAGUCGCGCCCGACGUCGCCUGGCACGUCGUGCUGUGCCGCGCCGGCGCGAUGCCCCUCGACGAGGUCGAGGCGUGGGAGCAAGCGCGCCCUUCCGAGCCCGCACAGACGCUCCUCGACGUGGUUGUGGCCUGCGUCGAGCUGGGCGCGCCGCUUCUCGAGGCGCUGCCCCAUACCGACGGCCUCUGGAGCGUACAUGCACCCGUGCCGAUGGCCGUGGGCGACACGCCCACGCUUGGGCUACGCACGGCGCAUGUCGCGUGCGGCGCGCGCAUCGACGAGGCCUGGACCGUGCACCUAGUCCACGUAUACCCCGCGGAUGCGAGCCGGCAAAACGCGCUGGACGCGUACCUUGCCGAUGUUGUCCUGCACCUUGGCGCACUGCAGCAUGUCACGACGCUGCGGUGGCCCGUGUGUCGCGGCACGCUGCCGUGGCACUUGGCGGUCUUGUCUAUUCCUUAA